AUGCCAAACACACUAAAACUUAUUAAAGAAAGGAAAACAACUUCCAGAGAUGCAACUGAGUACCGGGAGCUCAACAAGAGAAUACAGAGGGAUAUUUGCGCAUUCCUCUACGGUGUCAGUCCUCCAGAUAAUCCCCAAGUUAAAGAAUUAAGAUGCUUGGUACUCGCUCCACAAUGGGGAACCCAUCAAACUGUCCACUUACCCAACACUCCACCAAACCAUCCCUUCCUAAAAGAUAUGGAACCUUUAGGGUGGAUCCACACCCAACCCAACGAAUUGCCCCAACUUUCUCCCCAGGAUAUCACUACCCAUGCUAAAUUGAUGACCGACAACCCGGCUUGGGACGGGGAAAAGACUAUCAUAAUUACUUGCUCGUUUACUCCAGGCUCUUGUUCGUUGACUGCUUACAAGCUAACACCAUCUGGUUUUGAGUGGGGCAGACAGAAUACUGAUAAGGGUAAUAAUCCUAAAGGUUAUUUGCCAAGCCAUUAUGAAAAGGUUCAGAUGUUGCUGUCGGACAGAUUUACAGGGUUCUUUAUGGUUCCAUCUCAAGGUCCUUGGAAUUAUAACUUUAUGGGUGUGAGACACGAUGCCAGCAUGAAGUACGAACUUCAACUGUCAAACCCCAAGGAGUUCUACCAUGAAGUACACAGACCUGCACAUUUCUUAAACUUUUCGUCUUUAGAGGACGCUGAUGGAGCAGGUGCAGACGGCGAAAAUUCAUUUGCUUGAGUAGGUGUAGGGUUUAUUAUUAGGCAUUUUAAAAUUUGUAAAUACUUUUUGUUAGUAAUUAGUUCCAUUGAUAACCACUACUUUUUUUAAAUUUUAAGAUGUAAAUUGGUAUUCAAUAAAGGAUUGAAAUAAAACAA